AUGAGAUCUACUUUCGCUUCUGCGCUCCUGGUGAGCGCCAUCACUUUUCCUUACCUCUCUUGCGCACAGAAGUUUGUUCAAGUCCCCAUAGCGCGAGUCAACAAUGGUGACACUUUCGUCGCAGCAGUCAACGUCGCCGUUGGCAACCCACCACAAAAUAUGACCGCAAUCUUAGACACAGGUAGUAGUGACUUCUGGGUGCCGGCAACUGGGAGCAAACUCUGCGCCGAUCCUAAAAACCAGUGCAUUGCAUCCGACAAGAAGUUCUCGACAGGCUCUUUUGCUUCCAAUAGCUCUACUACCUUUGUGGCAGGACAGCCGAAUUUCUUUGCAAUCUAUACUGGUGGCGUGAAUGUCACUGGGACGUUUAUGCAAGACUCAAUCCGUCUUGGAAAUACUGAACUUAAGAACAAUACCAUGGGUCUGAGUACCCAGGGUUUUUUACCCAGCGCCCUCUUUCCGGUUAUGGGAACCGGUUUUGCAGCUCAGGAGUUCUCUGCUACGGAGCAGGACCCAACACCAUAUGAGAACCUCCCAUUGGCUAUGAAAUCGGCAGGCUUAACCAAUACCGCUGCCUAUGGUAUUUAUCUCAACGAUUUCAGAUCUACUGAAGGUUCGAUCAUCUUUGGUGGUAUGGAUACCGCCAAGUUCACUGGUAACAUGACCAUGCUGCCAAUACUCGAGAAUUCCAAUGGCCAGGCUACCGAGUUCGUAAUAUCCACUACUUCUCUCGCUAUCACAGGAGGCUCCAACAAUAAACGUGCCACCACGAAUAUAUCUCUACCAAACAAACAAACUCCCGUACUUCUGGAUACCGGAAACCCUUCAAUUGACGUCCCCUUACCCGCCGUCGAAGCGAUCGGCAACGCCCUCAACGCGAACCCAGGCCCGGAUGGUUCAAUGCAGGUCACCUGUGACAUUGCCAACAAGGGCAUGAACAUGGUCUUCGGUUUCUCGGGCACCACGAUCCAGGUCCCAAUCGAGAUGAUACUCACGCCUGCAAAAAACAAAGACGGGACGCAGGCAAAGGAUAACAAUGGUAACAACCUAUGCGUCGUCCCGGUAAAUCCGACCGCGAAUGAAGAUGACCUUGUCUCGUAUGGCGCCCCGUUUUUCUCAGCAGUAUACGCUGUAAUGGAUUUGCAGAAUAAGAAAAUCGGCCUUGCUCAGGCUAAGGUCAAUGCGACGGAGUCGAAUAUUCAGGAGAUUACUGCGUCAGGUGGUAAUACUUCUGUAGCGGCACGCGGGGAAAUUUACUCGGGAACCUGGAAUAACCCUAGGAGACCUAUGCGUACGGUUCCAUUAGUGUGAGGAUUGUAUUAUCAUAUACUUCGAAUAUUUUCAAGCUAUACAUCAAAAUGUAAGAGUUGAGGCCCCAGCUUAUUGCACACUCAACAAAAACAUAUCAAGAACCCUUAUUUUUUCAAAUUUUUAAUUAUA